AUGCCAGUGCAUAACUCGUUCCAUGUUUCUCUGCUCAAGCCUCUUGUCCCAGGUCCGCUUGCUGAGGCUGUUCCUGAUGACGUGCCGCCCGCGGCAGUGGAGGGGGAGGAUUCGUCUACCUAUGCAGUUCGAGAGGUGUUGGAUUCACGCAGGCGUGGCGGUGUGCUCCAGUACCUCAUAGACUGGGAGGGUUACGGCACUGAGGAGCGUUGCUGGGUUGCCGCCGGUGACGUGCUGGAUCCUGCUCUACUGGCCGAAUUUCAUGCCCGUCACCCUGGUAAGCCUGCUCCUAGACCCCGUGGGCGUACCAAGCGCUCACUCUCUUCUUCGGCUCCGGUGCGUCGGGGUUCCCAGUCUCGCAACCCCCGCCUGCCCGGCACCUCUGAGGCUACGCCUGGUCCUCCCGCCGGUACUCCCUGCCCGUCGGGUGGACGUCGUCGUGGUCGUCCCCGUUCCGGCUCCGUUCCGACUCCCUUGGGGGGAGGUACUGUCACGUCUGGUGCUGUUAGCUCCUCUGUCCCUUCCACACCAAGCUCUAAUGGAGGUUCUCAGGUCAACAACUACACUACCCAGAAUGCACCACCCGCUGACAUCACGCACUCACCUGAUCACGUGACACCUCACCUGCUUCCUCCAGGAAGUCCCGAAUACUGAUUACUGGCACUAUAAAGGUGCACGCCACACAAACACCCACGCCGCGUAUUGUAGGUUCUCCUCAUUACAAAGCGUUACUUUAUCUCUUGUCUCAGUUUAUCUUGUGUAUGACCUUGCCUUUGUUUUCUCAACGCCGAUUAUUGCCUUUGCCUCUGAUACUGGAUUGUUUGUGUAUUACCUGGACUGUGUUUUCACU